AUGGUAUCGAAGAAGAAGAAGAAAGAGCAAGAGGAGGAGGAAACUCAGGCAAGCAAACCUAGACCCUUUAUCGCCCAUGCCGUUCCAAUGUCGACUUACGUCUCUACUAAUCCACGGGUAUCUGAUAAGGCCUAUGUGGAGGCGAUUCGGAGAAGGCUUACGGCAACGAUGCGCAAACAUUUCGAACAAGAAGCUUUGAGGAGAUGUAAGAGUCUGGGUGAUCUGACCGUUCGACCUGUACCUAUAACGACGUAUGUAGCGCCAUCAAUACCCGAUUACCGCCGCUCACGGAGCGCUCACCGACGAGCUGUGCAGCUUCUGGUUGAAGCGACGACACCGCCUAUUCUCAGGGUAAGACUUUGGAUAUUUUUGCAUUACAGUGUGGCUUGCGAUUAA